AUGGAGCCGCCGGUGCUGUCGAGCACGGAGGAGAUGGUGGAACUUUACCGGGAGCUGAGCCGGCACCCAGGGCUCAGCACCGCCUGCCUCGGCCCCGACGUCACCACCCAGUACGGGGGCAAGUACUGCAGCCUCUACACCGAGUGGUCACAGCGGGACCUGGCGCGGGCCGAGAACGUCAAGUUCUGCCGCCAGUACCUGAUCUUCCAUGAUGGGGCCUCUGUCGUCUACUCGGGGCCUGCCGGCACCUGCUCCGAGAUCAAGGACGAGCUGCUGAGCCGGGAGUCCCCCAGCGGGGCACUGAAGGCCGUCCUGCGCAAGGUCCCUAGCAAGGAGAAGGAGAAGGAGAAGCAGUUUCUGGAGGUCUGGGAUCAGAACCGCAAGGUGAAGAGCAUCGACCUGACAGCACUGGACAAGCACGGCAGUGUCUACGAUGACGACCAGUUUGGCUGCCUGGCCUGGUCACACUCGGAGACCCACCUGCUCUACGUGGCGGAGAAGAAGCGUCCCAAGGCUGAGUCCUUCUUCCAGAGCAAAGCUCCUGAGCUGGGCGCCUCCGAUGAGGACGCGGGGCGCCCCGAGAAGGAGGACGCGCCCCUCAAGGGCGAGCAGUUCGUGUACCAUGAGGACUGGGGGGAGACACUGAGCACCCGCAGCGUGCCCGUCCUCUGCGCCCUGGACAUCGAGGGCAGCAGCGUCUCGGUGUUGGAGGGCAUCCCGGAGCACCUCUCUCCCGGCCAGGCUUUCUGGUCCCCUGGCGACACCGGCGUGGUGUUUGUGGGCUGGUGGCAUGAGCCCUUCCGCCUGGGGCUGCGGCACUGCACCAACCGCCGGUCAGCGCUCUUCUACGUGGACCUGACGGGCGGGAGAUGCGAGCUGCUCUCCGAGGACACCAGGGCCGUGUGGUCCCCGCGUCUCAGCCCCGACUGCUGCCGCAUCGUCUACCUGGAGAACGACGCCCUGGGCCCCCACCAGCAGUGCAGCCGCCUCCGCAUGUAUGACUGGUACACCAAGCACACCAGCACGGUGCUGGAGGCCGUGCCGCGGCAGGCGUGGGGCACCUUCCCGGGCAUCUACUGCAACGCUCUGCCGGGGCUGUGCUGGGCGGCUGACAGCCGCAGGCUCGUGCUGGAUACGGCCCAGCGCAGCCAGCAGGACGUGUUUGUGGUGGACACGGUGACGGGUGCCACAACCUCGCUGACAGCCGGUGAAUGCCCCCAGGGAAGCUGGUCUGUCCUCACCAUCGACCGGGACCUCUUGGUGGCCAGGUUCUCCACCCCUAGCUGCCCCCCCACACUGAAAGUGGCCGUCCUGCCCGAUGCCGGCCGGGAGGCGCAGGCGCAGUGGGUCUGCCUGCAGGACGCGCCCCCUGUGCCUGGCAUCAGCUGGGGCAUCCGCACCCUGCGGCCCCCGCCAGAGCAGGAGCACCCCCAGUACGCGGGCCUGGACUUCGAUGCCAUCCUGCUGCGCCCGAGCGAGGGUCCCGCCGCCCAGAAGCCGCCCUUGGUCGUGAUGCCCCAUGGGGGUCCCCACUCUGUCUUCACGGCCGGGUGGAUGCUGUACCCGGCAGCGCUCUGCCGUGUGGGCUUCGCCGUGCUGCUGGUGAAUUACCGCGGCUCGCUGGGCUUCGGCCAGGACAGUGUGGCCUCCCUGCCGGGCAACGUGGGCACGCAGGACGUGCAUGACGUGCAGCUCUGCGUGGAGCACAUGCUGCAGGAGGAGUCACUGGACGCCGGCCGGGUGGCGCUGGUGGGUGGCUCACACGGGGGCUUCCUGGCGUGCCACCUCCUCGGCCAGUUCCCCGACACCUACCGUGCCUGCGUGGUCCGCAACCCCGUGGUGAACAUCGCCUCCAUGGUGGCCACCACCGACAUCCCUGACUGGUGCCUGACGGAGACGGGGCUGCCCUACACACCCGACGCCCUGCCAGACCCGGCCCAGUGGACGGAGAUGCUGUGCAAGUCGCCUAUGCGCUACGUCGACCGGGUACGUCCGCGCCCCGUGCUGCUGAUGCUGGGGGAGGACGACCGGCGCGUGCCCCCCAAGCAGGGGCUGGAGUAUUACCGUGCCCUCAAGGCCCGGGGGGUCCCCACACGGCUGCUCUGGUACCCAGGGAACAACCAUGCACUGGCUGGCGUCGAGGCCGAAGCCGACGGCUUCAUGAACAUGGCGCUGUGGCUGCUCAAGCACCUGUGGUGCUAACAGCCGCCUGCCGCUGCCGCCCCCCAAUAAAUGAUG